CGGACCGGCGAAAGGAGGAUUUGCUCGUGUUCGGAGUCUUCAGUGAUUUGUCAUUUGCGUAACAGGAUUCUGAUAUUUCCUUACAUCAACGCUAAUUAGCUUGCAUGGUGUUUGAUUUACAACUAAUGAGUUGUUUCUCUUUCACUUUAAAAUGGAAAAAGUCAUCAUGUUUGCUAUUUGCCGGUGAUGAAGAAAUCCAAGUUUUUGCCAAUGUGAAAAUAUACACUUACAAAGAAAUGCGACAAGCAACGAAUGACUUCAGCCCUGCUAAUAAGGUUGGAGAGGGAGGUUUUGGUUGCGUAUACAAGGGAAGGCUAAAAAACGGAGAAGUUGUUGCAAUUAAAGUUCUCUCUUCUGUGCCUAAACAUGGUGUUCAGUUUCUAAAUGAGAUUGCUAUGAUCUCCAAUAUUAGUCAUGAGAAUCUUGUUAGUCUAUGUGGUUGCUGCAUGGAAGGAGAUCGGAGAAUUUUGGUUUACAACUACCUUGAGAACAACAGCAUUGCAAAGAUGCUUUUUGGUGGGAGUGAUAGUAAAGUUAAAUUCAAUUGGAAAACACGAACAAAAAUUUGUGUCGGUGUUGCACGUGGACUUGCUUUUCUUCAUGAGGAGGUCCGUCCUCCUAUUGUGCAUCGAGAUAUCAAAGCCAGCAAUAUUCUUUUAGAUAAAGAUUUGAAUCCCAAGAUUUCAGAUUUUGGUUUAGCGAAACUUCUUCCUUCAAAUUUGAGCUAUGUCAGCACUCGGGUAGCUGGAACAAUAGGUUACUUGGCACCAGAGUAUGCAAUUUUUGGGAAAUUGACAAGGAAGGCUGACAUUUAUAGCUAUGGUGUUCUUCUGCUGGAGAUAAUUAGUGGAAAACUAAACACAAAUACAAAUUUACCAUAUGAAGAUCAAUUUCUUCUUGAAAGAAUAUGGGCGCUCUACGAGAAAGGUGAACUUGAAAGCAUCAUAGAUGCAUCACUAGGCAGUGAUUUAAAUACUGACGAAGCCCACAGAUUUCUCUUAGUCGGUCUUCUCUGUACACAAGACUCACCCAAACUCAGACCUUCCAUGUCCACAUUAGUCAAGAUGCUUACUGGCGAGGUAGAUGUCAUGUCUCUUCAGAUUACAAAGCCCGGCAUGAUCACUGACUUCAUGGACGUUAAAGUAAGGAAGAAAGGUCAACAGCUUCCUCCGAAUAAGCUAUCUCCCAUUGUCUCACCUCGGCCUGCAUUCCAGUUGUGAUUUUAUAGUGUAGAAAAAUGUAUACUGCACUGAAAACUGAUGAUUUUCUCUUGCAUGAGAGGCAAUCUGUUUGCUAUUUUUUUGUCAAACUGCAUACAUUCAAGAAAUAUGUAUGUCUGUACAUAGCAUUCAUCACAUAGAAGCUAUAGAUAUAAAAGAAAAUUGGUUUUCAAGUUUUUCGUGCCAACGGCUAGUAGAUUUUUCUG